CGUCACUGUCUUCAACUCGCGUGCGAUUCCGUGUGUGUACGCCCGCGCGCGUAUUCAGUAGAGGCCAGUAGUGCGUCCGUGUCGGCCGCAAAAGUGGUCAGUUAUAUCGCCCGGCGGCGAUUAUUGUUAUUGAGAUUAAAGUGUACUGAGGAGAGUUGAGGGAGUUUUGAGAAUUUAAAUUUGAGGGGCUCGAGGAGUGACAGGGAUUUAAUUUAGAAGGGAGAGAGAGGAGCGCGACAAGAUGACGGAGGAGGACAGCACGUGCGAGGACUCCAUGGGGUCAGAUGCGACCACAGCUUUUGCCAAGAGGCUGAGGGGUCGCAAGGGGGCUCUCAAGAAGAAGAAUGUUUACAUGAUCAAGGAUCACAGUUUCAUGCCGAGAUUCUUCAAACAGCCGACUUUCUGCAGCCACUGCAAAGACUUCAUCUGGGGUUUCGGAAAGCAGGGAUAUCAGUGCCAAGUCUGUAGUUUCGUCGUUCAUAAGCGAUGCCACGAGUACGUCACCUUCACGUGUCCCGGGGCAGACAAGGGCGCCGAUUCAGACGCCGCGAGUGCGCCACACAAGUGGGAAACAUUCACGUACCUGACGCCAACAUUCUGCGACCACUGCGGCUCGAUGCUACACGGUAUCGCGCAUCAGGGACUCAAGUGUACAGCAUGCGACAUGAACGUUCACAAGAGGUGCGAGGAGAGCGUGCCCAAUCUCUGCGGAUGCGAUCACACCGAGCGACGAGGACGCAUAAAUCUCAACAUCUCAUGCACGGGUACCAAACUCAACGUAGAAGUUAAAGCGGGAAGAAAUCUCAUUCCAAUGGAUCCAAAUGGACUUUCGGAUCCUUACGUUAAGUUGAAAUUAAUUCCAGACACGGAUGGAGUUAAGAAAAAAACAAAGACAAUCAAAUCAUGUUUAAAUCCAGAGUGGAACGAGACAAUCACUUUUGAUCUGAAAUCAGAAGACAAGGACAGACGAUUACUGAUAGAAGUAUGGGACUGGGAUCGAACGUCGAGAAAUGAUUUCAUGGGUUCACUGUCCUUCGGUAUAUCUGAAUUGAUGAAGGCACCUGUCACCGGUUGGUUCAAGCUUCUCACCCAGGAAGAAGGUGAAUUUUAUAAUGUACCAGUGCCAGAGGAGGGAGUUGAUCUUGCCGAGCUUAAAACCAAGAUGCGGAAGACUUCAGUCACAAAGAAGCCCGUGAUGACACAGCAGGAGAGGGAUUUGCCACACAAUAUGGGAAAGAGUGAUCUGAUAAGAGCGAGUGAUUUUAAUUUUCUCAUGGUUCUCGGUAAAGGAAGCUUUGGGAAAGUAUUACUCGCAGAGAGGAAAGGCUGUGACGAGCUUUAUGCUAUAAAAAUAUUGAAGAAGGAUAUCAUAAUACAGGAUGAUGAUGUUGAGUGUACUAUGGUAGAGAAGAGGGUACUGGCGUUGUCACAUAAACCUCCGUUUCUGGUGCAACUUCAUUCCUGCUUUCAGACUAUGGAUCGACUGUACUUCGUAAUGGAAUACGUGAAUGGCGGAGAUCUGAUGUUCCAGAUACAGCAGUGCGGCAAGUUCAAAGAGCCCGUGGCAGUAUUUUACGCCUCAGAAAUAGCAAUUGGUCUGUUCUUUCUUCAUUCACGUGGUAUUGUGUAUCGCGACUUGAAGCUGGAUAAUGUCCUGCUGGAUCAGGACGGCCACAUCAAGAUUGCUGAUUUUGGAAUGUGUAAGGAGGGCAUUCUCGGGGACAGGACGACUAAGACUUUCUGUGGAACACCUGAUUAUAUUGCUCCAGAGAUAAUCCUUUAUCAGCCCUAUGGAAAAUCCGUUGAUUGGUGGGCAUAUGGAGUAUUACUCUACGAAAUGCUUGUUGGUCAACCUCCUUUCGACGGUGAAGACGAGGAGGAACUGUUCGCUGCUAUCACUGACCAGAGCGUUAAUUACCCAAAAAGUCUAUCAAAGGAAUCAAAGGAAGCUUGCAAAGGGUUCCUGACCAAAAAUCCAAACAAGAGAUUGGGCUGCGGCAGCCGCGGUGAAGACGACGUACGUGGUCACGCUUUCUUCCGACGUAUCGACUGGGACAAAAUUGAGAAUCGUGAGGUCCAGCCCCCAUUCAAGCCAAAAAUCAAACACAGAAAAGACGUGAGCAAUUUCGACAAGCAAUUCACAUCCGAGAAGACAGACCUAACCCCUACCGACAAACUAUUCAUGAUGAAUCUGGAUCAGACGGAGUUCCUUGGCUUUUCAUAUUUAAAUCCCGAAUACAUUCAGCUUAUUUAAAUAAUCAUGAAAUUUAUCAUUCGAGUGUCUCUUCAUCUGUCAAACGACAAAUAUCAACUAUCACUCUUCUCUCCUCCCCUUUCAUUACAAUUUUACGUUCAUCCCAUGAGCCAGAAAGCCCUGAUCAUCAACAAAUUACGAGAAUCUCUACUUUAACAUUAAGAAACAAGAACACUAAUCCUCUUUCUCGCUCACUGAAAAUCUCGUCGAACGAGAGUAUUUCAAUUAGUCGUCGACGUUUCAAAGAAGAAAAAAAAGAGAACUACUAAUAUUUUGAAUUUUAAACUCUGUUCCAUAUAACUUAUAACUACGUAUACUGACACUUUUUAAUGUAUUUUCGAUGACUCGCGCGAGUGAGUGCCGCGCAUUCACUCAGCGAUUUUAUUUUCCUGGAUUAAUGUAUUUGUAAUCCGGUUUUAACCUCAGAAUAAUACAGUAUGAAAUAUGAAUUAGGAGAUAAAUAACAUGAGUGAGUAAAGAAUAUUCGACACUUCCUAGUAGAACAAGAGUAUUUUAUUUUUAUUUGUAAAACAAGGGUAUCUCUGAAUUCCCUAUAAAACUCAUCUAUCUCAAUUUUCCGUGGAAAACUCAUGUAACUCAGACGAAAUAAAAAAAGACUUAUCUCAGUAA